GUUAAUGAAAAGUAGCCUUGAUGGUGAUAUCAUCCGAACACAGAAGUUGUCACUUAUCAUUAGAACAGUAGGCAGACAUUUUCCUGGACAUUUGCUGGCAUGGGAUUUUGUUAAAGAAAACUGGAAUAAGCUUGUACAUAAGUUCCAUCUGGGCUCCUAUACCAUACAAAGUAUUGUUGCUGGAUCUACUCACUUAUUUUCAACAAAGACACAUUUAUCUGAGGUCCAGGCAUUCUUUGAAAAUCAGUCGGAGGCAACCUUGCAGCUUCGGUGUAUUCAGGAGGCUUUGGAAGUGAUUCAACUGAAUAUCCAGUGGAUGGCCAGGAAUCUGAAAACACUGACACUGUGGCUGUAGCACUCACAGCUGAUCUUCAGGUGCCCACGGCUCUGCUGCUUUUGCAAAGGUUGAGUGAAGGCUGGCCUGCUGCUGAGUUGUUUGCACUGUUAGGAGUUCUAGUUAGCUCAGGGCCUAAUUGUAUUUUUCAUGUCUUUUCUGAAAUGUCUUUAGGCAGUAGUUAUUUAUUACAAAAUUAUAUUCACCUGUAUGACAGCCAUCUAUAAUAAGAAUGAAUAAUUUUUCUUUGACACACAAAUGGAAAAAAGAGUCAGAUUUGAAAUUUUGUUCUAUUUAUUAGUGUCUGGAGUGUUACUGUUACAAUGCAACCAAGACAGAUGUGCUGUAAGAACCACUGUGUUUGUAGGUUGCUGAUUGGGCAGCUGUUUGUUGCUUCUUGUUAAAUAGAUACACCUGGAUUUUGAUGUUACUCUAAAGAGUGCAGUGGCAAAUACAUUGAAGAUGUAGCUCUAGA